AUGACUGAACAACUAGGUUCCGGUGGUUUUGGCCACGUAUUCAAAGCCAAUAAUAGACAAAAUGAAGUGCAUGUAUUGAGUGAUGGAUACAAACAAAGUAGUGUUAAACACACCGCAGAUGUCGUUCAAUAUAUGUCACCCGAAGGACAGACCACUGAAUACAACCAUUUAAUAGAUGUCUAUAGUCUGGCACUCAUUGGAGCGAAAAUAUUUGGUUUUGAUUCCGACGAUAUCAGAGACGGAAUUUUUGUGUUAUUUGUCAAACAUUUGACAAAAGUAAUGAUGAUAUCAAAGAAUUAA